CACAGCUCAAAUCAAAACCAUAUACUUCGUAUAUUCUUUCAUUAAUUUUAUUUACAGUUUUAAUUACUGUCUGCUUUUCCAACGUCACUAAGCCGUAUUAAAACGUACCAUGACUACUCCCGACUUGAAGAACGGAAACAAUGAAAUUGUUCGACCAAUUGUCAAUUUCUCCCCUAGUCUGUGGGGAGAUCGCUUCUAUUCAUUCUCCAUCGACCAUCAGAUUGCACAAGCAUAUGAAAAAGAGAUUGAAAAUCUGAAGGAGCAAACCAGGAAAAUGUUGUUGCUUGCCUCAACAACUUGCAACACUGCCGAAAUCCUCAAGUUCAUUGACGUCUUGGAACGGCUCGGAAUAGCGUAUCACUUUGAGAAAGAGAUUGAAGAUCAACUCCACCUUAUUUAUACUGUUACCCAAGAAGAGGCAAAUGAUGAUUUGGAAAUGGCUGCUCUGAAGUUUCGCCUAUUGAGGCAACAUGGUUUCAAGAUUUCCUCCGACGUUUUUAGCAGCUUUUUGGACACAAACAAUAAGUUCCAAGACACGUCCAAUGUGAAGGAUCUGUUAAGCUUAUAUGAAGCUUCAUUCGUAAGAACACAUGGUGAUGACCUUUUAGAAGACGCCCUGUCUUUCGCAACCGCUCGACUUCAAGGCGCAGCAUCACAUAUGCAAUCCUCUACCACUCUAGAAAAGCUCGUGUUGCACGCCCUCGAACAACCGCUGCACACAGGAAUGCCAAGGAUCGAAACACGGUUUUUCAUUUCAAUCUAUCAGCAAGAAGAUGAUUCUCUCAGAAAUGACAUGUUGCUGCACUUUGCCAAGUUGGAUUUUAAUUUUCUCCAGAUGUUACACAAGCAAGAGCUCAGCGAAGUGUCAAGGUGGUGGAAAGAAUUAGACUUUGUGACAACGCUUCCUUAUGCGAGGGAUAGAGCGGUUGAGUGCUUCUUUUGGGCACUUGCAGUGUAUUUUGAGCCUCAGUACUCCAAGGCUAGAGUCAUGCUAGCCAAAAAUAUUUCAAUGGUUUCGAUCUUAGAUGACACAUACGAUGCAUAUGGUACCAUUGAAGAACUUGAAGUCUACACAGAUGCUAUCUCCAAGUGCGAUAUUAGUGAAAUGGAUAGGCUUCCAAAUUAUAUGAAGAUAAGCUACAAAGCUUUAUUAGAACUUUUUGUAGCGGAUGAUGCGGAUCUCUCAAAGAGCGAAAGAUCAUAUGCCGCUCACCAUGGGAAGGAAAGAAUGAAGGAACUAGUGAGAUGCUACUUUAUUGAGGCUAAAUGGUUUAUUGAAGGACAUCAACCUCAAUUUGUUGAAUACUUGCACAAUGCAUUCAUUAGUUGCACAUAUUACUUGCUUGCCACUAUAUCCUGCUAUGGUGUGGAUUCCGCUGAUGAGCAAGUGUUCAAUUGGUUGAUGAAAAAUCCAAAAAUACUUGAGGCUAGUGUAGCACUAUGUAGAACUAUCGAUGACAUAGCAACGUUUGAUGUAAGUAUUAAAUUUUUUAAAAUGAUUUUGAAAGAACGAGGUAUGCGUCGAUAUACUUCUUUGUCCUCUUUUAUAUGUUUUUCGUUGUGAAAAUCAACUACUUAAUCAUUUCUAUCAUAUUAUUUUCCUAGGUCGAAAAAGACAGAGGACAAGUUAUUACUGGAAUUGAAUGUUACAUGAAUGAACAUGCUACAUCACUAGAUGGGGCAAUGAGAAAGUUUCAAGAACUGGCUACAGUUGCAUUAAAAGAUUUAAAUGAAGGCAUUCUCAAGCAUACGCCUGUUUCUAGUGAUAUCCUCUGGCGCAUCGUAAAUCUGGCUCGCAUUGUUUUUGUCGCAUAUCAGCACAACCAAGAUGGAUAUACUCAUCCUGAAAAGGUUUUAAAACCUCACAUUAUUGCAUUGCUUGUCAACUCUCUGCCACUCUAGCUAAUUAAUAGUUUCUUCCAUUUGUAAUUUGUUAGCUAUCAAGAAAAAAUGUCAUUGAUUUAAUUUGUGUCAUGUGUGUGUGUAAACUCCCAAAGUUGAUCAGUGUAUUUUCUUUACUAUCGAGAAAUAAAUAAAUUCCUUUGAAUAGGCAAUAUUACUUCUUUUAGUUUCAA